GGCUACACGGCCGGCGACCUCGAUAGCCUCUCUGUCGACUGCGUGAAUGGCCUGAUGACCAAGGGCUAUGGCAUCCAGGACAACUUUGUGGAUGAUCGGGUCGUGGAGGACGUUUUCAAGGAGCUGGAGAUGAUCGACUUCGAGGGCCGGCUGUCUCAGGUGCAGCAGCAGAAGAUGAUCGGCUACCGUACCGACAAAAUCUGCUGGGUCAACUUUGAAGGACUGGACCGAGAGAAGCAGCCCGGACUCCUCGAGCUCUUCAAGAAGAUGAUCUCCAUCCCUUUCGAGCUGAACAAGAAGUGCAGUUUGUACCUUCAGGCCUCUGCAUCAUUCCACUUGGGCUGCUUCCCAAAGGAUGCCUACUACAAGAAGCAUGUGGACGGCGGAUACGAGACAAACUUGAACAACGGGAGGAAGGUGACU